CAACUCCAAUUACUGUACAGAAUAAGGAAUCUAACGAUACAUAACUAUGAGCGAACUAUCUACUUUAGAAGGUUUUAUUUGUGGUGCUCUAGCUUCUUGCGGUGCCGUCACCCUCAGUAACCCGAUGGAAGUGGCCAAAACGAGACUACAAUUACAAGGUGAAUUAGCGAAAGAAGGCAUAAAAGUCUACAACAACGUCGGUGAAGUAUUCACAAAAACUUACAAGAAUGAGGGUAUCAGAGGUUUACAGAGGGGUUUAGGUACUUCUUACGUCUAUCAAACGGCACUCAACGGCUGCAGACUUGGAUUCUAUGAACCGGUUAGAAGGCAAUUAAAUGGUUUAUUUGGUAUCCCAUUGGAGAAGAAUGUCACAUCUACAUCUGUCGGUGCAGGUAUCGUCAGUGGAAUGAUGGGUGCAGCGAGCGGGAAUCCAUUCUACCUCAUUAAAGCUCGUAUGCAAGCUUACAGCCCUAGUCUACCUGUAGGAACCCAGCAUCAUUACAGACACGGUUUUGAUGCACUCAGAUCGGUCGUACGAGUGGAAGGUUUGGGCGGUUUGCUCAGAGGAAUUGAUGCAGCGAUCUUGAGAACCUGCAUGGGUAGCUCCGUACAAUUACCUACAUACAUAGCUGCAAAGACUUACUUCUCGAAACAUGGUAUAUUUGAACCAAACUCAUUAGCAAACUUCAUCUUCUCCUCUAGUAUCUCUGGUGCAUGUGUCUGUUUAAUGAUGCAGCCACCAGAUGUUAGUCUUACAAGAAUGUACAACCAACCUACGAUCAAACUUGAAAAUGGGAAGACUGUUGGACAAUUCUACAAGAACCCAAUUGAUUGUAUGUACAAGACCGUAAGAGCAGAAGGCUUUACAGGGUUAUAUAAGGGUACAAGUGCACAAUUUUUGCGUAUUGCACCACAUACUGUUUGCUGCUUGGUCUUUAACGACCUCGUUUGCGGUUGGUAUUCCAACUUCAAGCAUGAUUAUUUCAAAAGCACGACAACAUCGUCAUAGAAAUUGUAUCUUAUAGAAUAACACG